GCAACGCCCGCUUUAAAGGCCGGAGUCUCCGCCCUUACCUGACCACUUGCAUCCUGCCCAGCGAAGAAGCAAUUAGCCAAAAUGAUGCCUGGAGGCUUAACUGAAGCCAAGCCUGCCACUCCAGAAAUCCAGGAGAUUGCUAACUCGGUUAAAUCACAGCUUGAAGAAAAAACAAAUGAGGCUUAUGAAGAAUUUGAAGCUGUAGAAUAUAAAACCCAAGUAGUUGCUGGAGUAAAUUACUACAUUAAGGUACGAGUAGGUGAGAAUAAAUAUAUUCACCUAAAAAUAUUCAAAAGUCUUCCUCAACAAAAUCAGUCUUUGACGCUUACUGGUUACCAGACUGACAAAAACAAGGACGACGAGCUGACGGGCUUUUAGCAGCAUGUUCCAAAGGUGGCCAGUUCUUUCCACUGGCUGCUGAUGGAUGAUCCCUGCUAAUAAAUGAAACUAACAAUAAGGAGUUGUCCCUUACCAAAUAAAUGAAUCUUUUCAACUA